UUCCGCAAUUUUCCGUGAUUUUUCCCUGAAAAUGCAGGGAAUUCGCACAGUGAGUUGUCUCAGUGGACUCAGGGAUCAAUUCUCCAGACUCUGUUUGGCACACCCUAACCUCACUCGGGCAAAAGGGAAGAAUCUCCUGAAUUACCCCAAAUUGCGGAAUCCCUACUGGUUUGUGCGGAAGGAGCGCGUGAAGCAUGAUGAUCUUAUUUCACGGGAAAAUACCCAAUUUGUUCAGGAAGUUCUGCAUGACAAAUACGGUGUUCCGAGUCUCUUGAAGGGUAUUACCGGCUACCCAAAUGCCGCCUGUGGUGCUGUCAAUGCGGAAGAUUUGCCCAAAGUUGAGUGGAAUCCAACUUUGCGACGAACGGGGGUGAUUGCGAGGAAAAUCGGGCAGUAUCCGCUUUGGAUGAAGAAUGGACGGAAGGUUCGCACAACUCUGUUGCAGAUUGUGGAUAAUCACGUUAUAAAGUACAUCCCUCCGGAGGAGUAUAAGCCCGCGCAGAAGCCCAAUAUGAAGGAUUUGAGUAAAUGGGGAUGUCUCUUGGUGGGAGCAGAGAGUGUGGACCCAACACUACUCACGAAGGAAUACUGCGGGCUCUUCAAGGACUCCGGGGUAAUGCCAAAGUCACGCCUGGCGCGUUUUAUUGUCUCCCCAGAGGCUCAACUUCACCCAGGGACUCCCCUCAAUGUCACCCACUUCCGCGUUGGGGAUUACGUUGAUGUGCGCGGGAAGACUGUCAACAGGGGCUUUCAGGGCGUAAUGAAACGAUGGGGCUUCAGUGGGCAACCAGCAUCGCACGGUCAGACCAAGACUCAUCGACGUCCAGGAAAUAUCGGUGGUGGCGGUGAGAAGGGACGCGUGUGGCCGGGAAAGAAGAUGCCCGGACACAUGGGGAAUCGCUGGCGGGUAAUGCGUGGCGUCCGGAUUUUGCGGAUUAAUACAAAAUACAACGUAAUGUGGGUCCAGGGCUCCUCAAUUUGCGGCGAAACCAACACUUUUGUCUACGUCUUCGACACUCUCCUCCCUCUGCGACGGUACACAGAAGCUCCCGCCUUCCCAACGCAUUUUGAAUCAGCCGACGAGGAGCUGCCCGAAGACAUCUGGCACGAAAGCGUGCACAAUUUCACAGAACCAACAAUUACGUACGAACCAGAGUAAAUUCACUUCUCUCAAAUGGUUUAUUUUACUGUAAUUAUUUAAUAGACAACAAAUUGUUACAAAUAUUCGUCUUAUAGAAA